CUGCGUACACAUUUGCUUGAGGGACUUACCCGGACGUUAUCGUAUACGGAAUUAGUAGGAAGACUUGUAUAUAAACCGCCAGAACUAUCGAUCUAUCAUCAGUUGCUUCACAGUCUAUUCUAAAGUUUCACCGAAAACUUCAGCCAAAAUGGUCAAGAUCUACUUCCUUGCUGCUCUUCUGCUCGUGGCCAUAGCCGCCAUUAUGGCUCAGCCAGUUGACGACGAGUACGAACCUCUCGUCCUUCCCGAAGGACGUGGUGACAGACACAGGAGAGUGACCUGUGACCUGCUCACCUACAAAGGAGUUGUCGGAGACAGUGCAUGUGCUGCAAACUGUCUUAGCAUGGGCAAAGCUGGAGGUCGUUGUCAAGAUGGAGUCUGUACCUGCCGCAAAACUACCUUCAAGGAAGUCUGGGACAAACGUUUCGCGGCAAUCGUUUCAUUUGUUAAAGACAAAAUGAAAUUCAAUAUUUUUCUUACAUUUCUGCUUGUGGGCGUGGUCGCCCUUAUGGCUGCUCCUACUUCAAUAAUCCAAGAUGAACCUGAAGACGAGAUGCCUCUCGACACGAUUCGAAGCGAAACAGAGCGCGCUGACAGGCAAAGAAGAGUAACCUGUGAUCUUCUCUCGUUCAAAGGAAUCGCGGAACAUUCUGCUUGCGCUGCGAAUUGUCUCAGCAUGGGUAAAGCUGGAGGUCGUUGUGAAAAUGGAAUCUGUAUUUGUCGCAAGACCACCUUCAAGGAACUCUGGGACAAACGUUUCGGCUGAUCAUAUUCAAUCCGUAUUAUUAAUAUUAAAGCUGCAUUUAUUGUUUAAUUGC